UUAAGUGCACGGAUUGUUCCCUAAGAUCGUUAGGCAAACGGUGUCCUCUAUUGCAUUUUGCAUAAGAUUUUGAGUAUAAUUAAUGGAAGGCAACCUCGAAGAAAAUAGAGAAGUUGAGGGCGAAGAAGAAUAUCUCUUACUUGACUUGGAUGAAGUUUGUGUGCACGGUGAUAUUCCCGCCAAUGCUCCCUAUGUCCUAUCUGGUUUGGACACUCUGAAUCCGAUUUUGGUCAUUGGCGACCGCUUGAAACUGGUCGGUGAGUACCAAGAAACAAUUGGAACAUGCUUUGUGUUCUCUGAAAGUGAUGCAAUGCUGCAUCAAGAGACAGGAUCUUCCGAGACAGAUCUCUUAAAGGAUAAAUGCAUUAUGAAUUCAAAUGAAGCUUCAUUCAAGAACAUUAAGCCAAUUGCAAAGCUUUAUAAAGUUCUCAAAUUUAAGCUGGCAAUUGAUGAUCAAAAUUAAAUAACUGAGAAAUCCAAUGUGAAUAAAUUGUAAUAUUUUUAUCUUAUGGUACAUAGCAAUCUUAUUAGUUUGCAAGAGAAACCAACAAGAAGGAAAUGAAGACAUUCUGAGACGACUGCUUCUAUUUUUAUUAUGGUUUCUAGAAAAAUUAUAAGAUUUCUGAAAGAUCAUUAAUUUUA